AUGGCGGAGCGGAAGCGUUGGGAUAAGCAGCAGGACUUUCAUCCUUCCAGUAGCUCCUCCACCUCAGACGCUAAAGCUGAUCCCGUGCUCACCAAGCAGCUUCAAUACAUUAAAGUACUAGAGGAGAGGAAUAGAGUGAAGAAGCGACUGGCUGCGGCUUCAAAACGGAACGACCGUCUUCAGGAGAGAGAGGAGGCUUUUGUGACGGCGUUCAACGUCCCAACACGGGCCGCUCAGUCCACUUCAUCGUCCUCUGCAUCGUCGAGAAACACUAGAUCAGCGACGUCGAUACUACCCACAAAACUUCCGGGAAAGCUCUCGAAAUGCAGAUCGGCGCCGUCCACAACGUUACAUUUUGCUGGUAGCGAAGAGAAGGAGCAGAAUAGAGCACGAAGAGCCAAGUGGAGUCGUCCUCAGGCUCCUAUGGGCGUUGCGGUACAGCAUGAAGACGGUGUACCGCUUUUUCGGCUUACGACGCAGGAGGCGAAGAACGAGAACAAAGAUGGAGAAGAUGAAGAAGAGAGUUACUUGGAGGAGUCAUUUGAGGAGUUUGAAGAAGAAGAUGAGAGAGAAAACACUCGUGGGCGAAUGGAAGAGCUGGUGAUUCAUGAAGAAGAGAACUGUGCAAACGAGACGAAAGGUGAAGGGGUAGAUCUCUCCAAGACGACCAAGGAGCUUUUCGCAAUUAUUCAACAUCUUUCUCGAUCGAAGCAGAGAGCGUUGGUCGAUGUAUUGCAAAAAUUCCAGAGUGGUGAUCACAAUGAAAACGAUGUCAAGAUUUUACAGAAUUCGAUCGGCGAUCCUGCUAUUUGGAAGGAGAUCACGUCAGCACUUGAUUCAUCAGCAACAGAGCGCGCUACCGAAGGUUCCAAUUCCGUAUCAAAAGCUUCGGACAGUCAUGAUGUCGCUACAGUUGUAGCGCCAAUGAAAAACUUGAUAGAGGAGCAAAUACGAUUGGAGGAUGAGUACGAACGAGAGAUGAAGGAACGACUAAUACGUGAACGAGAAGAAAAACAGCGGAUACUCAAAGAAGCAGAAGAACGUCGUGCUAAAAUGAUGAAAGAGUUAGAAGAUGAAGAGCGCGAAAUUGAAAGACUCAUGGAAGUUAAAAGACAAGAACGGCUAGCAAAACUACGAGCACUGCAAGAAGAGACAGCUGCUACUGAACCAGUUAGUGCUGUUAAAGUUGAGGCACCGAGUACGACAAUGAAGUCGGAUGACCAGAUGGAGCCGAAUAGGACGACAAAGCCCGACGUGAAGAGUAAAAAGCGGAGAGAAUCUCACAAUAUCUCGCAGGUGGAUACGGAGCUAUACGCGGACGUCAAGAGCAUGCCUACAACUUCAGAUCAGAGAGAUACUAUUGCUCAAGAGGGCUCAAAACCGUCCCUAGAGUCUGUAUUGGUUCCACGUCUCAAUUUGUCUUUUUCUUCGAAUUCCAAGACUGCUAGUAGCACGGAACGUCACGACAUUCACGUCAAGUUGCUGUCAACUUGGGGUAGAACGCGCGCUGUGGGUCUCACUCAGAUCUGCGUCUACGACCUGAACGGCGAAGAGCUUUCUGUAGACUUGGAAACGCUGCAGCUUUACGAUCAGCCUACGGGUAGACCACUACCCAAGACAAACGACAUGGUGCACGGACUGCAAAGGUUAUUUAAUGGCGCUGCGCAGACAAAUAGGGAGAAAGACAUGUGGCUUGGACGAUUGGGAGACUCAGGUGUCCUCCUUAUCCGCUUCCAAGUUCUAUUGGCUCCCAGUAAGCUUUGUGUAUGGAAUUACAACAGUAGAUCGCAUACUGCUUGCACUCGGGACAUCGAAGUGUUGGUGAGUGGUAAAUCGGUGUGGAUGGGUUCUCUACCAGAAACUUUUGGGGAUGAAGACGAUAAUAUCUGCACUUGGAUAGAUUUACUGGAUUCAGUAAGGAAAACAGUAAGAAAGACAUCACGCACAUCUCAUCUCGAGGGGAGCUCUCUAUCGACUGAUAGGAGUAUGAAGUCGUCUGCUCGAUGGACUGAUGCAAUAACUUCAGAGCAACACACAACUCAAAACGACGAGUCCACUUCUGUAAAGCCGGUGGGUGGGACUCCGAUGUGGUUGUCUGGAUCAGCUUCCUCGUCUCUAUCAACCGAACGUUUGCCAGUGACAAGCCGGAGUAGUGAUGUUGACUCAUGGACUGCCGACGAAAAACCACCCAGUGGCAACAUAACGAGUCGUCGAAGACAAGGAAAACCAGUGUACAGCUCUCAGAGUGACGUAAAAGAUGUGCGGUCCGAUCGUGCAGAAGAGAAGAGCUGUAGUCAAACCGUCCAAGAUCUGAAGCACGAGAAGCCUCGCUACCGGCAGACUGAAGCUCCUGCUCUCGUAUCGCUCUCAUCGUGGGAUAGUCUCGAAAACUUCAGCAAAACAAACCGAAGCCGUCUCGCGCAACCUACUGGAGAAACCACGAAAUUUGGAGUGGAAAGCUAUGAGGAGGACAAAGCUAAGGCAUCUUCAAGUCGUACGUCGUUCACAAAAUCUGCUCUUUUGUCCGAGCUACGACAAGGACCGUCCAGCUACGUGGCUGUAUCACCGUCACCUUGUUCAGAAGUUAUAAAACAUUCCUCCUCCGAACCAAUGUUCGAUAACAGAGAACCUAGCAGCGAUAUCCGCCUCAAAGCAACUGCAGACAUUCCUAUUCUUCCGAGUGGAAAAUGGCUACAGAUAGAGAUUCUGAGUACGUGGGGUGAUCCCUAUUACGUGGGACUCAAUGGCGUGGAGAUUUUCAAUCACAGAGGUAAAUUAGUUAAAUUCCGAGACCCAGAGACGCAGGUAACAGCUUGUCCCGAGAGCAUCAAUGUGUUAGAAGAGAACUCUGAUGACCCUCGAGUGCCCAAAAACCUGGUGGACGGAGUUAAUUUUACUUGCGAUGAUUUCCACAUGUGGCUCGCUCCAUUUACACCGGACCAGCCUCACUAUGUGUUGCUGGGAAUGGAUUGUGCCGUGUCCGUGUCGAUGAUACGUAUCUGGAACUACAACAAGUCACGUACACACACUUGUCGAGGUGUUCGUGAGGCGCGACUAGUUUUUUACGAUCACAUUCCAACUGUAUUGUCGGGUAUUGAGAGUAAAAUGACGGAUGGAAACGUGAUUUUUGAAGGCGAGAUAAAGCAGGCUCCAGGUCUGGUAGGAGCUGAUAGCAUGGAGAUCUCCAAUGAAGUGAUACUAUUCACUCAAGAGCCAACUAUUCUUGAGGCUAUUGAGGCGAAUGAUGAGGCGUUGCGGACACUUGCUAUGGAACAACAGCGUGAAGAUGAGGAAGUUCGUGAAAUUGUGGAUAAUGUACAUCGAUCAAUGGAACUACAACGUCCGCGGACGUCAGAUGCAGGGUCCAGGAUAGUUGAAAAGAGUCCGAAAAUCCAAGAAAAUGAUGAAGACAGUCGACUGCGCGUGGGCAAAGAUGGCAGACCCAUGACGGUGGCAAGAAAUGCGGGAGUGAGAACGUCGAUCGACUCGUGGGUUGCUGAAGAACCUCAGCGGAUGUCAGCGAUGAGGAACAGCAAUGAUGGACUUACUUUAGAUGAUAAACUGCCUCGCGGUCGACGACUUAUUCUGCAAUUGCAUAGUACAUGGGGCGAUAGAAAUUACAUCGGAUUGACUCAAGUGGAGGUGCUGGUCGGUUCACACGGGACUCCAAUCCCUCUUGAUAUCAGCAACUUGGAUGCAAAACCGCGAGAUUUGGCUUCGUUGGGAUAUAUCGGCGAUCCUCGUACACUCGACAAGUUGAUUGACGGUGAACAUACUACGUGCGAUGACACGCAUAUGUGGUUGGUUCCGUUUCAAGCAGGAACUGUACCAGAAGUGCGUAUCGAGCUCAAAUCCGUCCAAUAUUUUUAUGGUCUCCGAGUCUGGAACUACAAUAAAUCACCAGAAGAUACCUACCGCGGCGUCAAGCAGAUAGUGGUGAUGCUAGACGGCGUAAUUAUCUCCCCAAAAGAAACUGGAUUCUUGCUGCGUAAAGCUCCAGGAGUUGCCGCCUUUGACUUCGGCCAGUUGCUGCAAUUCUCAGACGUUGAGACUCCUUCAUACGUCGAGCGUGUACGCUAUCCCUUCACUACUCGAGCGUACAAGACACCAAUCAUCAGACAAGACUACGAGGCUCCACUCUAUCCCCAAGGAUUCUUACUUAAGAUUAUUUGUUGGACAACAUGGGGCGAUCCGUAUUAUCUUGGACUCAACGGACUGGAACUCUACGACCAUUCUGGAGCUCGAAUCGUUGAGAAACCUUCAGUUAUCACUGCUGUACCGUACUCCGUCUCGGAAAUUGACAAUUCAAAGCAACAAGACUCUCGAAUACCAGAAAAUCUUGUCAGUGGACUCGAUAAGAAUACGUGGGAAGCUCAUGACGCCUGGCUUGCUCCAUUGGCUAGUUCUCUGGGGAAUCAACAGGGGAAUAUUUUGUACAUCGGUUUUGACACUCCUGUAGUGGUAUCUUUGAUUAAAUUCUGGAAUUAUAGCAAAACUCCAGAGCGUGGAGUGAAGGAUAUGGAUAUUUAUCUGGAUGACGUGCAUUUGUUCUCCGGGACGCUGAAGAAGGCGCCGAUGGCUGAUAUCCAUGCAACUAGCAAUCGAUUUGGAAAGGUACACAAAGUGACGGAGCUGUUCGGACAACCGAUACUGUUCUCUUCCAGUCAGGCACAAGUGGAUGCUGAGAAACGAUAUGUUUACUACUGCGGUGUCGAAGAACAAGAUGUGCUGGGAAUCAACGAGGGACAAAUCAUGCACGAGUCAAGAGCGAUGUACAGGAAACCAGACCCUGGAGCUGAGGGAGUAGUAGUUGAUCUUGACCUGCGUCCCAUGACUGCUGUAUGUCGACAAUGA